GACUGGGCCCUGAAGGCAGCACACACCUGUGCGCGGUGGGCGUGGCCCGGUGGGCGUGGCCCGGUGACAGGUUUAUUAACCACAGAGACAGAAGCUGCAGAGAAACGUUCACUUGUUCACCCCGCAGCUCAGAAGAAGAUCCUGUUGUCGUCAUGUCGUCUUUAUGGGAAACACUGGAGGAUGUUCUGGAGUCCCCCCCGUCCUGCGUAGAGGGAGCAAGCAUCAAGUCCAACCCCCAGUUUAACGCAGAAGAAGAUGCUGAGGCCUUGAAGGACGCCAUGAAGGGAUUUGGAACCAAGGAGAAUGUCCUGGUUGAAAUUUUGACCCAGAGGAGCAACAAAGAGCGGCAGCUCAUCAGUGAAGCCUAUGAGACAUUAACAGGCGAGACGUUGGUGCACGACCUGAAAAGUGAAACCCGCAGAAACUUGGAGGACGUGCUGGUGGCGCUGGUCUCCACUCCGGCAGAGUUCGACUGCCACGAAGUGAUGAGGGCCAUGAAAGGAGCUGGGUCCAAAGACUGCAUCCUGAUUGAAAUCUUUGCAUCGAGAACCAACGAACAGAUCCAGGCUCUGAACGACGUGUAUCUGAAAGAAACCGAGAACCUGUUGAUUCAAGACCUGAGGGACGAAGUUUCCGGCGACUUCUCCAAAGCGCUGCUCCUCCUGAACGAGGCGAAAAGGGACGAGAGCGUCUCCGUAGACCGAGAGAUGGCAGUAGAAGACGCUAAGGCUCUUUACGAAGCUUCGGAGAAGAAGUGGGGAACUGAUGAGUCCAAGUUCAUUGAAAUCCUGUGUGGGAGAAGCAUAAAUCAACUCAGACAAACUUUUGUCGAAUACAAGAAGAUCAGCGAAAAAACUGUGCAGGAAAGCAUCGAAAACGAGAUGACGGGGGAGCUGGAGGAGCUGCUGGUGGCCAUCGUGAAAUGUGUGAAGUCCACUCCGGCCUACUUCGCAGAGGAACUGCACAAGAGCAUGAAGGGCGGUGGAACCGAUGAGUCGACGCUGUGCCGCAUCAUGGUGAGCCGGUCGGAGAUCGACAUGCUGGACAUCAGAAAGUGUUUCAAGGAGUUCAACGACUACUCUCUGCACUCGGCCAUCGACUCGGAUGUGUCCGGAGACUACGGCGACUGCAUGAAGGCGAUCUGCGGAGGAGACGACUAAAUCCAGAAGAAACUUUCUGACUCUCUCUCUAAAGCUUCUGUCUUUUAUUUCUUCUCCUCUUCUGUGUGAUGUGUUUAACAAUCAUGGAAAGAAACUUUAAGAAAAGAUUAAAUAAAACAUGAGAACAACCAGUGAAA